GGUGCAGCCGGGGCAGCUGAGCCGAGCGGCGACGCGCGGGGCCGAGUGGAGCCGAGCAGCCGCCGCGCCGCGUCGCGUCGCCGGUUUAAGCGCAGUGCGGGCCGUGACCGGUGGCGGCGGUAGUGAGACCAGCGCUGCGCUCCAGCCCCCUUUUCCCUCCAUGGUUUCUCUCCGCUCCCGCGAGUAACUUGGCUCCGGAGGCUCCGCUCGCCCGCUCGCACGCCGCACGGGACCGCGCCGCCGGCCUCUGCCACGAGUAGACCACUUCCGACGGCCCUAGCUGCGCAGGCCAGGACGCCUCUCCCCCCUCCGCCCCCGCCGCGGAAAGUUAAGUUUGAAGGGGGGGAAGAGGGGAACAUGGACAUGAAGAAGAGGAUCCACCUGGAGCUGAGGAACAGGACCCCGGAAGCGGUUCGAGAACUUGUCUUGGACAAUUGCAGAUCAAAUGAUGGAAAAAUUGAGGGCUUAACAGCUGAAUUUGUAAACUUGGAGUUCCUCAGUUUAAUAAAUGUAGGCUUGAUUUCAGUUUCAAAUCUCCCGGAGCUACCUAAAUUGAAAAAGCUUGAGCUCAGUGAAAAUAGAAUCUUUGGAGGUCUGGAUGUACUAGCAGAAAAACUUCCCAAUCUCAAACAUCUAAACUUGAGUGGAAAUAAACUGAAAGAUAUCAGCAUCUUGGCACCUUUGAAAAAGUUGGAAUGUCUAAAAAGCCUGGACCUCUUUAACUGUGAGGUUACUAACCUGAAUGACUACAGAGAGAGUGUCUUCAAGCUCCUGCCUCAGCUGAACUACUUAGAUGGCUAUGACCGAGAGGACCAGGAAGCCCCUGACUCAGAUGCAGAAGUGGAUGGUGUAGAUGAAGAAGGAGAAGAUGAAGAGGAUGAAGAUAGUGAAGAGGAAGAGUUCGAUGAAGAAGAGGAUGAAGAUGAAGACGAAGAUGCCGAAGAUGAAGAUGAAGACAGUUUGGGGGAGGAAGAAGAAUUCGGACUUGAUGGAGAAUUUGAUGAAGAUGAAGAAGAUGAAGAUGAGGAUGAGGAUGAAGAGGAGGAAGAAAACUGUAAAGGUGAAAAGAGGAAGAGAGAAACAGAUGAUGAAGGAGAAGAUGAUUAAGACCCCAAAUGACCUGCAAAAUCAGAACUGUUCAGUAUUGGUUGGACUGCUCAUGGAUUUGGUAGCUGUUUAAAAAAAAAAAAAAAAAAAGAUAGCUGUGAUACAAACCCCAGGACACCCACCCACCCAAAGAGCCAAAGAAUAGUUCCUGUGACAUUCCACCUUCCUCUAUUUAGUCCCUCUUGGUAAUCCACCACCAAGCUUGGGGACUUCACCCCAACAAAAUUGUAAGCCUUGUUAGGUUUUUGUGUAAGACUCUUGCUGUAGCGUGGAUAGCUGUGAUUGGUGAGUCAACUGUCUGUGGCUACCAGUUACGCCGAGAUUGUAACAGCAUUUUUACUUUCUGUACAACAAAAAAGCUUUGUAAAUAAAAUCUUAACAUUUUGCGUCUGUUUUUUCAUGCUUUUCUUUUUAAUGGUUUUUUUGUUUUGUUUUGUUUUUACAUUAGGAUAUUUUAUGUGACAACCGCCAAAAAAGUAUUUUUAAGAAUUUAAGUGAAAUAAACACGUUACUCUU